UCUCUCUGCACUUCACUCUGCAGAGCCUCCCAGCACACACCUGCUGCUCCCCCCCCACACCCUAGCCUCAGCAUGGCCACCCCGCUCACAGACCAGGAGAAGAGGAAGCAGAUCAGCAUCAGGGGCAUCGUGGGAGUGGAGAAUGUGGCGGAGCUGAAGAAGGGCUUCAACAGACACCUGCAUUUCACCCUGGUGAAGGACAGGAACAUCGCUACUCCCCGGGACUACUACUUCGCCCUGGCCCACACCGUCAGGGAUCACCUGGUGGGCCGCUGGAUCCGGACCCAGCAGUUCUACUACGAGGCCGACCCCAAGAGGGUGUAUUACCUGUCUCUGGAGUUCUACAUGGGCCGGACGCUGCAGAACACCAUGAUCAACCUUGGGCUGCAGAACGCCUGCGACGAGGCCAUCUACCAGCUGGGGCUGGACAUGGAGGAGCUGGAGGAGAUGGAGGAGGACGCAGGGCUGGGGAACGGAGGCCUGGGCCGACUCGCAGCGUGUUUCCUGGACUCCAUGGCCACUUUGGGGCUCGCAGCGUACGGUUACGGUAUCCGGUACGAGUACGGCAUCUUCAACCAGAAGAUCAAGGACGGCUGGCAGGUGGAGGAGGCCGAUGAUUGGCUGAGGCACGGGAACCCCUGGGAGAAAGCCCGCCCCGAGUACAUGCUGCCCGUCCACUACUACGGACACGUGGAAGAGACCAAAGACGGGUCCAAAUGGGUCGACACUCAGGUGGUUCUGGCGAUGCCGUACGACACGCCCAUCCCCGGGUACAUGAACAACACGGUGAACACCAUGAGGCUGUGGUCCGCAAAGGCGCCCAACGACUUCAACCUCAAGGACUUUAAUGUUGGAGAUUACAUCCAGGCGGUUCUGGACAGAAAUCUGGCGGAGAACAUCUCCCGUGUUCUUUACCCCAAUGAUAAUUUCUUUGAAGGGAAGGAGCUGCGUCUGAAGCAGGAGUAUUUUGUGGUGGCGGCGACACUGCAGGACAUCAUCCGACGCUUCAAGACCACGAAGAAGGGAUCGCCUGGACGGACUUCCUUCGAGAGCUUCCCCGACAAAGUCGCUGUCCAGCUGAACGACACUCAUCCGGCCAUGGCCAUCCCUGAGCUCAUGAGGAUCUUUGUGGACAUCGAGAAGCUGGACUGGGACACGGCAUGGAGCCUGACCCAGCGGACCUUCGCCUACACCAACCACACGGUGCUGCCCGAGGCUCUGGAGCGCUGGCCCGUGGAGCUGCUGGAGAAGCUGCUGCCCCGACAUCUGCAGAUCAUCUACCGCAUCAACCAGCUGCACCUCGACAGGAUUGCCACCCUGUACCCAGAAAACAUGGACAAACUGAGGAAGAUGUCUCUGAUCGAAGAGGACGGCUGUAAGAGGGUGAACAUGGCGCACCUGUGCAUCGUGGGAUCGCACACCGUCAACGGAGUCGCCGAGAUACACUCCAACAUCAUCAAGACGGACGUUUUCCGUGACUUCAGUGAAAUGGAGCCGCAGAAGUUCCAGAACAAAACGAACGGCAUCACGCCGCGCCGCUGGCUUCUGCUCUGCAACCCCGGGCUGGCCGAGCUCAUCGCUGAGGUGAUUGGGGAGGAUUAUGUGAAGGACCUCUAUCAGCUGAAGAAGCUCUUAGAGUUUGUUGAUGAUGCCGCUCUGAUCCGGGACAUCUCCAGAGUCAAACAGGACAACAAGGUGAAGUUCGCUCAGUACCUGGAGAAGGAGUACCGGGUGAAGAUCAACCCGUCCUCCAUUUUUGACGUCCAUGUGAAAAGGAUCCACGAGUACAAGCGGCAGCUGCUCAACUGCCUGCACAUCAUCGCCAUGUACAACCGCAUCAGAAUGAAGCCCAAUGCCCACUUUGUCCCGCGGACCGUGAUCAUCGGGGGGAAGGCGGCCCCCGGGUACCACAUGGCGAAGAUGAUCAUCCGCCUCAUCACGUCGGUGGCGGAGGUCGUGAACAACGACCCGGUGGUGGGGAGCAAGCUGAAGGUCAUCUUCCUGGAGAACUACCGCGUGUCUCUGGCUGAGAAAGUGAUCCCGGCCACCGACCUGUCGCAGCAGAUCUCCACGGCGGGCACCGAGGCGUCGGGCACCGGGAACAUGAAGUUCAUGCUGAACGGCGCUCUGACCAUCGGCACCAUGGACGGAGCCAACGUGGAGAUGGCGGAGGAGGCGGGCGAGGCGAACCUGUUCAUCUUCGGCAUGAGGGUGCAGGACGUGGCCGACAUGGACCAGAAGGGGUACGAUGCGAUGUCGUACUACAAGAGGAUCCCGGAGCUGAAGCAGGUGAUGGAUCAGAUCACCAGCGGAUUCUUCUGCCCCAAAAACCCAGACCUGUUCAAAGAGGUCACCGACAUGCUCUUCAAAUACGACCGGUUCAAGGUGUUUGCAGACUUUGAGGACUACAUGAAGGCUCAGGAGAAAGUCAGCAAACUGUACCAGAACCCGAAGGAGUGGACGAAGAUGGUGAUCCGAAACAUCGCGGCCACGGGGAAGUUCUCCAGCGACCGCACCAUCAAGGAGUACGCCACCGAGGUGUGGGGGGUGCAGCCCACCGACCUGAAGAUCCCCCCCCCAAACGAGCCGCGGGAGGCCGUGGUGGAAAAGGCCAAAGCUCUGAGGAAGAUAUGAGGCCGCCUCUGCGUUUAGACAUGAACUUUUCUGUCUUUAAAUCUGUUAUUAUUCCAUUUAUCACUAAUCCUCUUCCAAUAACUGUGGGUGUUUUAAAAAUCUCAUCUCGUUAUUGUCAAAGCAUAGAAUCUACG